AUGGGAUCUACGCUCCUUCCCAGUAUAUACAGGAUCAGCAGGUCAAUAGUUACGAGUAGUUUAAAAUUAACAGGUAGUUUUUUUAACCAGACUAGCCAGUUCAAAUAUUAUACUACGAGUAACGCCCCAUCUGACACAUCUUACCCCAUACAACCAAGAACAAUUCCUUUUCCAAAGAUUUUUCAGAACCUGUCUAGAAUAUUUCCCCGACCGCUUUCGAGCUCUUGGGAUGACUAUAGGGCAUUCAAGACUAAUGAAGCUUUACUGCAGGAGGAUUUAUUGAGUACCGUACCAUUUUAUCCCGAUUCAGCUGAUGGUAAGAUUGGUCAGAUCAUAAAAACCCCAAUUGAUGAUGAAAAUUAUAUCAAUGAAUUCUGUAUUACACCUUUGAACCCCAACUCUGACAGGAUGAACCAUCUUGUUUUCAUCCAUGGCUACGGUGCCGGGUUGGGCUUCUUCAUCAAGAAUUUUGAAACACUCCCGUUAUUAGACGACUCAUGGACAAUACACGUUGUAGAUAUGCCAGGGUAUGGCUUUUCUUCGAGGAAACCAUUUCCGUUUGACAUAAGAAAGCAUACGUUAUCAGCAGUUGAGCAAUGGUUUGUUGACAGAUUUGAGCUAUGGUUUCAAAAGAGGGGUUUGGCAGAAAAUUCAGAUAGGAACCUCUUGGUGGCCCAUUCUAUGGGAGCUUAUUUUAGUGCUCUAUAUGCCCAUAGACACCCAAAAAGGUUUAAGAAGUUAAUCAUGUGCUCACCAGCUGGUGUUUUUCUUCGUAAACUGAUUGAUGAGCCUCAGUCGUGGUUUGUUAAACUAUGGGACCGUAACGUCUCUCCUUUUUCUCUAAUACGUAAUAGUGGACGUUGGGGGUCUAAGAUUGCAAGUGCUUGGUCCUACCGCCGGUUUGGAAGACUAUUGGAUGAUGGAACGGAAUUAGGUGCAACUCAAUUUGAAGCUUUGCACAGAUAUUCUUACGCUAUAUUUAAUAGGCCAGGGUCGGGUGAAUAUAUGUUAAGCUUUGUUCUCCAAUGCGGUGCAAACCCUAGGCAUCCAUUGUUAACAAGGUUUUUCUCCGAACAGCCGUCCGAAGAGUAUACUGCCGACUGUGAUUGGCUAUGGCUUUAUGGCGACAGGGACUGGAUGGAUUACCAUGGUGGUGAGCUGGCAUCAAAAUUCAUUAAUGAGCACAAGAAGAAUAGCUCCGAUAUAAAGGUGGUUCCUGACGCAGGUCACCACUUAUAUUUCGAUAAUUAUGAGUAUUUUAAUGAACUACUCGUAAAUGAAAUGCGAAACGUUAUGAAAGGUGCGUCUUAA